AUGGAGACCUUUAGGAUUAGAAACGCGAUCGAAACCGACGCGGAGGACAUUUACAGAAUCCACACUGAAGCCAUCAAAAAGAAAUGUUCUACCCGCUAUAGCACGGAAGAUGUUUCUGCUUGGGUUGCUAGGCAGGAAAAAGCGAAGUAUCUACCUUUUAUAGCAGCGAAUGAAAUUAUAGUGGCCGAGAUCGCUCGGGACAGAAGAGUUGUGGGGUUUGGUCAUCUAAUUGCAGAUACACUUACAGAAGCAGAUUCGAAUGAAACUGCUGACGGAAAAGCUAUGCAGAUCAGGGGACUGUUUGCUGAUCCUGACUGCGGCGUAAAGGGGGUUGGAACAGCGCUGGUAAAGGAACUCGAGAACAGAGCAAAGGAAUAUGGAGCCGUACGCGUUAAGGUGAAUUCUUCUCUAAAUGCUGUUGAAUUUUACAAAAAAUGUGGUUUCGUCGCACUUGACAUUACAAGUCAUCAGAUAUCGGAGCAGUCUUGCCUGCAGUGUCAAAAAAUGAUCAAAGAACUGUGACCUUAGGAGCCUGUUGCUUGUGUGACCAUUAGCGUGACGGAAGAGGAAAGCCAAAGAGAGAUAGUUUGGUUUCAUCACCUAAGUUGAAAAAUAGUUUUGAUACAAUCCUAUUUUUUAACUUGUUGCCAUUCUCAGGACAGGAAACAUUGUGUACUCGACAGAGCUGAAUAACGUAUACGCAUGCGCCAAGUUUUGCCGCGGAAACACGGAUUUUGAAUCGUUCGCAAGGUUGAUUUCCUAUUCUGUUACUUCGAGGCGUCGUCUUCCUUGCCGCGUUUCUUUUACAGAACAACCUCCAAAAACUUGGUACAACCCCUAAAAAUUUUCAAAAAUUAAUUUUCUCCU